AUGACGCUAAUUGCUGCAAGAUGGGAGUAUGUCAAGCUUUUUGAACGGCCAGACCAACUGCUGCCGAACACGUGGGUUGUGGUGAGGAUAGACGGUCGUGGCUUUACCAAAUUUGCAAACAAGUACUCCUGGGAGAAGCCCAAUGACAGGAGGGCUUUGGAUCUCAUGAACGCUGCUGCGAAGGCGGUCGUGACUGAGAUGCCUGAUCUGGUCAUCGCAUAUGGUAUCAGCGACGAGUACAGCUUCGUCUUUCACAAGACUUGCAAGCUGUUCGAAAGGCGAGAGAGCAAACUGGUGACUACCAUCGUAUCGACCUUCACGUCUUACUAUAUCUACCUUUGGUCUCAGUACUUCCCCGACCGGCCCCUUUCACCUCCUCUUCCUAGCUUCGAUGGCAGAGCAGUCUGCUACCCCUCCGUCUCCAACAUGCGGGACUAUAUGAGCUGGAGACAGGCUGACUGCCACAUCAACAACCUUUACAACACAACGUUCUGGUGUCUGAUCCUGAGGGGAGGCAUGAACAGCCAGGAGGCGGAGAGGGCGCUGGCUGGGACUGUCUCCGGCGACAAGAACGAGCUAUUGUUCACAAAGUUCGGGAUCAACUACAAUAACGAGCCAGAAAUUUACAAGAAGGGCAGCGUGAUAUUCAGAGAUUACGAGUUGGCCGAACCCGGUAGCCACAACGCUGCUGCGGAAGCAGACAGCACUGCCGAGCCAGUCCAGUUGUCCAAAAGCCAGUCGGAGAGAGAGAAGAAGAAGCGCACCAAGGCGAAGGUUGUGAUCGAACACCUGGACAUCAUCAAGGACGACUUCUGGGAUAGGCGCCCCUGGAUCUUGUCAAACAAGCCGGGGAAAGCGCGGGCACAGACGACGAGGGAAACAUCACCGUGUCUCGCAAGUGAGUAG